AUGGCAUCUGGAAGUACAAAGAAAUUGGCAGUCGCCAACACCAAGACAUUAAACCAACUUCAUUUAAUAACCCUCAUAAUCAACGUCAUUUCAAUUUUUGUAAUAUUUGUAUUCAAACGUCCAUCAUCAUAUAAACCAUGGUUAAUAUUAUCAAUACCAAGUUUUAUAAUUGAAUAUAAUUUAGAAAAAUCAGGUCGACCAAAAUAUGUGACCGAGGGUAGUGGAGUCCAAAAAUUAAUUAGAUCCGGUGAUGAUAUUCAUCAAUCUGGGGGAUUGUUUGAAUAUUUCUUCGAUGUUGUUUAUUUGACUUGGGGAUUUAAUAUUUUGAUGAUUGUAAUUGGAAGUAAUAAAAUUUGGUGGUUAUAUUUAAUUAUUCCUGGAUUUGUAAUUUAUAAAUUAUAUGGAAUUGUUAGUCCAUUUUUAUUAAACAGAAAAGGUAAUGCACAAGCUGUAGGUGAAGAUCAACAACAACAACAGCAGCAACAAUCAAGUGGUACUUCUAAACGUCAACAAAAGUUACAAGCUAGAAGAGAGAAGGGUACUGCUGUGAAAUAUAGAUAG